GUCGGGGGCGGGGCGGGGUGACGCGGCGCUCGCGGCCCCUCCCUUUUUUUCGGGCGCGCGGGUUGAUGACGCCAUUGGGCGGCGCCGGCGGCUCCGGGGUCCUGGGAGGCGGCGGCGGCGGCGCAGGGAGCCGGAGCGAGGCCCCGCUCUCCGGGGGGCACGUCGGAGCCAUGAAGGAAACCAUCCAGGCCAAGAAGCUGUGGGGCCCCGGGCUCCGUGAGCCCCACAAGCGGGAGAGGCUGCGCCUGGCGUCCCGGGACUGGGAGGAGCCCGAGCCCCCGGCCCCCAAGCACGGCGGCUGCUUCGAAGGCGGACGUCGGCUGGCCUACACCAAAGAGCAACCCCCAGGCUUCGAGAGCGAGGAGGAAGGCCAUGCCGACGACUGGGACUUCCCUCGCGUCUCGGGCUGGGCCCGCAGCAAAACCACCGGGGAGAAGGUGGCCAGGAGUGGAGGCCCGGACUGGCCCUUCGCCGGCGGGGCCGAGGGGCGGCCGCCGCUCCUGGGGGCCACCCGGCGGCGCUGCCAGCUGCGGCGGCGCCAGCGGGCCCGGCGGGCUCUCCGCAUGCUGUUGUAUUCCAAAUGCUCCUCCCUGGCCUUCCCCUGGAAGCUGUGGGGCAAGCUGGCCGGCCGGGGGCGCCGGCGGGGCAGCGCCAAGCAGACUCGCUCCUCCCUCUCGCCCGGCUCCCAGCCCGACGACGACCUGAAAGGCUGCCCCCUGGAGGAGGAGGAGGAGGAGGAGGAGGACUGCCAGGGCGGGGCCAAGCCGGGCCCCUGCCCCUUGCGCUUCCGGCCACGCCCCUCGCCCCGAUUGGACUACCACCUGGGCGGGGCCUUCGCCCCCUCGCCCCCCCGGCUCAGCCUGCUGGGGGCACUGAUGGGCGAGGAGCCCGGCUCCACCCCGUACCCGCAGUACGCCCAGCUGCAGCGGGCGGACGGCGCCAUGGAGGUGGGAGGGGAGGACGGCGCCCGGCUCCCAGCAGAGCGUUCGCCCCCCGGGAGCAGGAGAGAGGCACCAACGCUGGACGGGGAGUCAGGCCCCGCGGGCGCCCUGCCCAACGGCUUCGCCUCCCUGGACGGCGACCUCAACACCCUGGCUGCCGCCGCCUCCUCGGACCCCAGCAUUGUCAUCAGCAACGUGUGCAGCAUCGGCGGGGCCCACGCGGUCGAGGAGUUCUUCCAGGCCAAGGACGGGCCCGGGGCCCCCCAGAAAGAGGCGCCCCCCGGGGAGAAGGCGGCACAACACAGCCCCCUGCGGGAGGAACACGUCACCUGCGUACAGAGCAUUCUGGAUGAGUUCCUUCAGGCCUACGGCAGCCUGAUCCCCGUCAGCACGGACGAGGUUGUGGAGAAGCUAGAAGACAUUUUCCAGCAAGAGUUCUCCACGCCACAGAGGAAGGGCACAGUGCAGCAGCUGAUCCAGUCCUACCAGCGCAUGCCAGGCAAUGCCAUGGUGAGGGGCUUCCGGGUGAAUUACAAGCGCCACGUGCUGACCAUGGACGACCUGCAGACGCUCUACGGCCCCAACUGGCUCAACGACCAGGUCAUGAACAUGUACGGGGACCUCGUCAUGGAUACGGUGCCAGACAAGGUGAGACCCAUUCCCUUAGUUUACCUGAGCCAAUGGCAGAGCUCUGUUCUCGCGUGGGGGGGGGUUCUGGAUGUGGCUCACCCUUCACUCCCGUCUCCCCAGAACGUGGCCAGGCAGAAUAACGACAGCGACUGUGGAGCCUUCGUCCUGCAGUACUGCAAGUUCCUGGCGCUGGGCCGGGCGUUCAGCUUCACCCAGCAGGACAUGCCGAAGCUGCGGCGACAGAUGUACAAGGAGCUUUGCCACUGCAAACUCAGCGUGUGAGUCGCCCGCCCACACACCCACCUCUUCCCUUCCGGACGGGGCCACGCUGACACCGCCUCCUCCCCCCGCUCCUGGGGGGAGCACCCCGCACCCCAGACGGACGGGCAGCGGGAAGGGGCAUUAACUCUGUAGCAUUGGAACUGUUCAAACCGGGCUGAGGGAGGCAGCUAAUCCCGGCUCCUCCCGCCCCUGCCAACCAGACUUUUGGGGGACCUUUUUUUACUUGUGGGGGGAGGCAUCCCCCUCUCCCCCUGGUUCUGUAUUAUUUUUUUCAUAUUUAAACCCAGUUUCCCUUGUUACAUUUUGGGGCGGGGGUGGGUGGGGCACGGUAAAUACACCCCCUACCCCUGAAUUUUGGGGACACACCGGCUUUGGGGGGGGGGGAGGAGGGGAGGAGCCAUUUCUACCCAGAGCGGGUGCGGGGGGCGGAGGGGAGAUGAGGUUGGAAUCUCCACCCCCCACCUUUUCUUCUCCCGGGGGGGUUAUUUGUGUUAGUGAAGUUGUAUGUUGGGGGGUGGGGUGGGGGGACAAGUUUAUACACUGGGCUGUGAAAUGAGAAACAAGCAUUUUUUUUUUAUAUAUAUAUAUAUAUUAUAUAUAUAUAAUGCGGCGGCAAAUUGUUCUGGGCAAUAAACUUCCUUUCUUUGGAGAA